AUGGGCGUGAAGGUCGCGGCAACCUGCUUGCAUUUGUCGCAGACUCUGCUUCCUCAUCCGCCUCCGUCGUCACACUGCUACUCCUACCAGUCGCUGGCCUCCUCUUCCCCUUCUUCCUCUUCCCCGUCUUUGUCGUCUCCUCCGAUCUCCUCCGUCGGCUCGGGGAGACGGCGGCGGAGGAGGAGCUUGGGGGGGCUGGAGGGGACCCUCGCGUGCCAUGUCUUCCACCUGGGCGACCGGACCACCUUUCUUGGCGGCGGCGGGGGAGGGCUCUUCAGAUCAAGAUCUUGCGACAUGGUCUCUGGACUGGAUGCGGAGCAGGGGACGACUCUCCGGAGGGUCGUCAGCGCAAGCCUGACGGACAGCUUCUUCUCCGACGGAGAUGACGAGGACGAGGAAGACUUCGCGAGGCGGCUGCAGGAUUUGGCCUUUCGAUGCCAAGAGGACGCAGCGGCACAAGCCGACGCCUUCUUCGCCGAGAAUUCACGAAAUCAGGGAGAAGGGGAACCGGGCACCGACGAUUUCCGUCUCAGAGACUACGACGAUUCCUUCAGCGUCGCCGGCGGCGGAAUCUCGACAUCCCAGUUCCACCCUUCUUACUCCGCCAACGGCCAACCUUCCCCCACAGCGUCCGCUACUCCACCCCCGUGGCUGGGGGUCCGCCCAGAGCCUCCCGACUGGGUGGAGGAGGGGCGACGGGAGAUCGUCCCCGCGGCAGGCAGCGUGGAGCGGAACGCCGCCAGCGUCGAUCUGCCGCUUUCUCUCCGGAUCCUUAAGCGUAAGAAGCGGUGGGAGUCAGAGAGCUGGAUUAGGGAGGCAAGCGAGACGGCGGCCUGCUCAGUGAAGAAGGCCCUAUCGUCGCUGGUCUUCAUCAUCCGGGAGCUUCAGAGCUACGCGCUCCAGCUGCGCACUGGCGCUCUCUUCUGCGACGGCAGCCUCCAGGAGAUUCUGGGUCGCGUUCACCGGGAGGUGCACGCUUCCUUCUGCUGGCUAUUUGGCCACAUCUUCGCCUCCACCCCUACCCUCAUGGUCUCCGUCAUGCUUCUUCUCGCCAACUUCACCGUCUACUCCAUGGGCCACGGCGUCGCCGUCGCCGCUCCAUCCAUGGGCCCUUCGCUUCUGCCCCAGCCCUGCCCUGCCAUGACCGCCACCUUCGUCGCCAGCGACGAGAUUCAACAGAAGCCAGCGCCGCCGUCCUGGUACGGCGCGGCGCCCUCGACGGCAGUUUCCUUCUCGUCCGGCUGGAAGACGGUGUCGAUUGGAUUAAACGGCGGGGGCGGCGGAGGGGGCAAGGUGGGCGCCGUGGCCGGAGCAAGCGAUGACGGUCGCUGGGGAGAAGGCUUGUCGUCUCUGCACCAGCGCCGGACCAUCUUACCCGACGGCAUCUCGUCGUUGCCGUCCACGACGAGGACAGGAGACCCUUCGGACAGCGAGGGGGCGGAUAAAGGGACGGCGGUGGUGCCGGUGGAAGAGGAGGAGAGGGUAUGGAGCCGGAUUGUGGAAGAGGCGGCGCAGAUGCAGGCGGCGAACAGGGACGAGGCGCUCAUGGACCAGGAAACACUGCAGCGACUCGUAUCGCCGGUGGUGGUGGAGGCGGUGCCCGACGAGGACUACCCGGACUACCUACGGACGGAGCUGAUGUACCAGCAGGCUGUGAGCCAGGAUCCCACCAACGCCAUGCUCCUCUGCAAUUUCGCCCAGUUCCUCUACCUCGUCUCCCGCGACCACGACAGGUACGGUCGUCUUUCUUCUUCACAUUUUACAUUUCAUUAGGCAAUAGAGAUUCUCGAACUGCUCCCACCACUUCGGGGAGGAAGUGAGGAUCCCGCACCUUCCACUUUUAGGCCUGCCCGGAGAUUUGGGCACCCACCCGUUUAUUAAUUGAACGAUAACUCUGCCUCUGCUUGGUAAGUAUUCCAUAAUGUGAAAUUGGUUGUGACAGGGCGGAGUACUACUUCAAGAGGGCGGCGGAGAUGCAGCCGCCGGACGCAGAGGCGUUGGGGCGGUACGCGAGCUUCCUGUGGCUGGCGAAGAACGACCUUGGCGCGGCGGAGGAGACGUACCUGGAGGCCAUCGCCGCCGACCCCGGCAACACCGCCCACGCGGCAAAUUACGCCCACUUCCUGUGGAACACCGGCGGUGAGGACACUUGCUACCCGCUCAGUGGUCUCGACGAGGAGGAAGGGGCAGAGGAGGAGGAGGCCUAG